UCUUAUUAUUGUUAUUAGGUGUUAUUAACUGAUGAAAAUCUGGCACAGUAUAUGUAUGGAGUUUACUGACUCCUCCCCGAGACUCAGACCCACCCAACACGGCCAGGCCCAGCUCCUCCGCCAGAACCAACCAACCCUAGCCGCCGCGGCGCAAUGGCCGCCUCCGGCAAGCGUUCCUUGGCCGCCGUCGCUCUCGCGGCGAUCGCUUCCUGCGCGGCCGCGCAGACGCCAGGAGGCCCGCCGGGAUCGCACAACAACUCGAUGAGCUUCUCCGACGUCAUGGCCAUCUUGUUCUUCAUGGCCUUCUUCUUCCCCGUCUUCGUCGUCCUCCUCGCGUUCGCCUGCCUCCGCCUGUUCCGGCCGCCGGACGAGCCCCCGGCCGGCGACGACUCGUCGUCGGAGGGGUCGCUCCACAAGGAGGGCCUGAACGCCGCGGAGAUCGCGGCGCUGCCGCUGGUGUCCUAUCGGGACGUCAGGCAGCACCGGAUCGGCGCCAGCGGGGUUGACCCGCUGGAGUGCGCGGUCUGCCUCAUGGAGUUCGGCGACGACGACUGCCUCCGCCUCCUGCCGGCGUGCCCGCACGCGUUCCACCCGGAGUGCAUCGGCCUCUGGCUCGCGAAGCACGUCACGUGCCCGCUCUGCCGCGCCAGCGUCCUCGACCCGCCGGUCCUCGACCCCGAGGAGCUGAUGCAGCCUCCCUCGCCGGAGGAGACGCCGGCACCGCACGAAUCGCCGCGCCGGCUCGCGGAUCACGAUCACGACACGGUGGUGGUGCUAAUCGAAGACCCCGGCUGCAACGAGGAGGAGGACGAGAGGACAAGGAUCCUUGCGAGGAGGAUGCGGUGCGAGGCCGCCGGGCGUCAGGCGCUGCCGCGGUCGAACUCGACGGGGCACGAGCGUGCCGGCGGGACGGAGCACUUCGCGCUGCGGCUGCCGGAGCACGUCCGUCUCGAGAUCCUGAUGUCGCACAGGCUGAGGCACGUGACGAGCGCGGUCGCGUCCGUGCGCGUGAGGGAAGGGAGCGCCCAUGACCCAAGCGCCGGCGGCAAUUCGGUGAGGAGCGCCGUGGCGAGGCUGCUCUCCCUUUUCGCGCCCGGGGAUGGGCGGAGGGGAGACGACGAGGAGAAGUCCGGGGGGUCGUCUCGCCGGCGGCGCGAUGACUCUGCCCGGGGAGCAGGAGAAGACAAGCUGAGAAACGAUUGAUGAAUCGGGAGAAAAGGAGAGCGGAACCUUGACGGCUGCGAUGAUUAGCUAGUUGUGUUUGUGUGGUUGUGAGUUGUGAUCGGGACGGCAUCAAUCAAUUAGUUUUGCUAGAACUCAUCUAGCUGAGUUCUAGUUAUGUCUCAUUCACCUUUUAUAGCCAUUAAAUGUGAUGUUAUAAGAUGUGUGUGUGCUGAUGUCGGUUGUAUCUGUUCUUGUUUUCCAGGUGAAUGAGACCAAAUUAU